AUGUCCUCAGUUGCGGGGCACGGCAGUAAAGGGGAGAAAGGCAAGGGAAAGUAUACAGCUAUCAAUAUCAACAAUCUAUAUAAGGGCAAAACAACAGAAACACAAAAAACUACUGUUACAAGACAAUAUGGCUUGCAAAGUUUGGGAAAAGUGGGUAGUGUCCGGCGUAUGCCACCACCAGCCAAUUUACCAAGUUUGAAAAGUGAAAGUAGUGGAAACGAUCCAAACGUCAAUUUAGUACCAACCGGAGGUUCAGGGGUAGUUGUCAGUCACCAAUCACCAAUGUUCAAAGAGGAAUUCCCCACAUUAGCUGGAGACGACAAAGAUGGCAAAACACAGAAAGAGGGGGCUGCAGAAGAAAAGGAUGUCCCUUAUGGACCCGGGCCAAGCUUGCGACCACAGAGUAAGUUCCUUGCUUGUCUGUUUCUGUCUAGACCAAACAAUACAGACUAA